AUGAACAAUAAUACUACAUCCAUUAUCGAGCGUCCCAAGGAAGAGACUUCCAUCAUGGAGCAUCCAAUGACAGAAGAUGACCUGACACAUCCUGGUUUAUAUCGUUUCAAGAAGAACAGCCCUACCUGCUAUACAUACCAUAGCCAUAAAUCCAACAGCCAAGCUCCAACACCCUCUGCACAGCCAUCAACUCCUGGUGAUUGGGAUCUCUAUCCUGGUUUAAGACGAGAGAUUGUGAAUGAAGGCUCUCCAGAACAAGUUGACAAAUUGCAAGAGAUGCAAAAAAGCAUAUGA